AUGAAUUAUCUUUUUUCCCUACUUAAAUCAGAACCUAAAGAUGAUGAAUCCCAGCAAUCACCUGCCAAUCCCACAUCCUCAAAAAUUUUAGAUUCUGCUACUAAAAGAUCUUCAGCUAAAGCUCUUAUAAACCUCAAUAGCAAAUCCUAUGGUAAUUUUUAUUCAAGAUACCUCAAAAGAAGGCUAUGUUUUCGAUCACCCAGCGACCAAAAUGCAAGGUAUCAUGAAAGAAAUUUCUCGCCCUAAAUCUCACAUCUCAAAAAGAUCUCGCUCUGUUAAGCAAACUUUUCGUACAACUGACAAAAUAUCUAUAGAAAAGCAGGACAAUUCACAGCUUUUAAGUACAAUAGAAACAAUUGAAGGAAAGGCAAAAAUAGAAAUCAGUACAAAUAGGAAGCAUCCUUUAUUAAGGGCUAUAAAAAAUGAAUAUAUAGAAAAUUCCCAUAGAUGGCGCUGUUUGCCCUUGAUUUGCCCAUGAGAAAAACUUUUUGGUUUGACCAAACCAUAUGGGACUGGUCGAACCAAAAAAUUUCCCCAGUGGGCAAAUCAAGGGCAAACAGCGCCAUCUAUGGGAAUUUUUCUAUACUCAAAAGACGAAAAAGCUCCUUCGCAAACGACAACUGAAAAAUUUUUUAAUAAUUUGGCUAAAAGCAUGGACAAUUUGCAUAAAAGAGCACAAAGUCCUGAUGGAGCAACAAAACCCAAUUACAGACCAACUUUUACAAAUACUAGCUUAGAAAAUGCAUUUCAAAGAGUUCAUGAAAGUGAUAUGGGCUCUUGGCUUAAAAAGCGAGGAAUUAGUCGAUUAGAUGAAAAUCUCUACCAAAAUUUUUCAUCAGCACUUUAUGAGCAGCUAGAUACUAAACAAAGAGGGCAAAUUGAAGGAGAAGAAUUAAUAAAAGCACUGUUAAUGCUUGGUAUUGCAAGUGAUCCUGAAGUUCUAAGGAAAACCCUAUGUAUGAUUUUGAAAAAAGAUACAUUAAAAGACACAUAUGUAGCUUUAGAUGAUUUUAAAAGCUUAUUUCGGUCUAAUAUAUAUACAGACAGGAUUCUUGAAAUAUUAAACAGCUUAGCUUUAUCUGAAAGAAACAAAGUCAAGGAUAACGACAAAUUAGAUUUGGGCGAAAAUUGUGAUGAAUUUUCAUUUUUUCGAAGUAAAACUUUUGUUUUAUCAUUUCUAAAUAAAAUUUCUAAAGGUACUGAUAUUAAAAUCAAGCAAAAGCUUGACUUAAAUAUUACGAUAAAUGAGCAUCAAAGACUCCUUGAAAAAUGGUGGGCUGAAAUUGAUCCUAAAAAAACAAAUAAAAUCAAUAUUCAAAAUGUUGCUAAAAAGCUAAUCGUUCUGAAUAUUGCUGAAGAUGUUAAUGUUGGGAUCAAAUUAAUUCGAAAAAAUUCAGGAGCUGACACAACAGUUUCCUUUGAACAAUUUCAAAGAAUUUUUGCAAAAUCUAUGCUCAAAGGGUCUUUUAUAAAAUUAGCACAGAGGUUGAUUGAUGGGAAUUUUGCUUGUAAGGAAAUGUCGCCUUUAUUUAAAUUGACAUCAUAUCAGCGGUCUUUAAUCAUGUCUGGAAUAAAAUGCCCGAACUCAGAAAUUUCAGUGAAAGAAGGCACAAAUGCAUUGCAAGCUAUAGAAAAAUACAAAAAUAGCGAAGAAGGAGAGCAUAACUCCCACCCCCCCUCCGUGAGUGAACAAAACCAUUAGAAAAAUCGCCAUUUUUUUGCCAAAAACCCACCCUCGAGUGAACAAAAAUUUUUUAAUAGAAAAAUUUUUUAUGGAAAAAAAUUUUGAUAUAUAAGUGAUAAUUAGCAUAAUGAAAUAUAGUGCUAAUUCUGUUUAAUUUUUAACGAAUUGCUUUUUAAAACAUAAAUUUUAUAAAUUAAAUUAAUAUUUGCUUUCCAAUUUUUGCGAAUUAGAUUUUUUUAAAUUUCGAAAAAAAAUAUUUUUUAUAAAAUUUAUAUAUAAAUUUUUUUAAAAAAAAAAAAUUAUCCCCCCUCCGUGAGUGAACAAAAUUUUUUUGUUCACUCACGGAGGGGAGUAAGUAAAAACCAUAUAGACUAACCAAUGAAGAAAUUCAAGAAAAUAUGAUACAAUUAAUUAGAAGUUUUUACCAAAAUCAAUAUAAAAAUAAAACAACAAACUCGAAAUUUAAAAUUCCCAAAACUCCUAAUGAAUCAAAAAGGCGUGUAAACCUUCAAACAACAGAAGGUCAGGAAUUCAUAAAUAAACUUACAUCAACACAAUAUAAUGACCGUUAUGAGACUAAUGAAGAAUCUUUCAGCUUAUAUGAAGAAAGUGAUAAUUCUCCUAAAAAAGAUACAAUAAGGUCGCCAUGACAUAAAAGUGUAUAUGAUAACAAUGAAUGAACACAUAGAAUUAUCAGACUUGCUAAAACCCCAGAAGCUACAAAUAGGUAUGAUACAAUGACAGCUAAAUCAUACUCAAACUCCCCUGGCCGAAAAAAAUUGCUUGUAGGAGAAAGUCCAAGAGUCAGCCAACCAAAUAAAAAGAUUUUUGAUGCAAAUUUUGUGAUAAAUAAAUAUAUGAAGCUAGAUGGCAAAGAUGCAUCAAAAAGCCCUAAAACUCCUAAAGCUAGCACUUUUAAAUCAAAUAUUACUAAAAAUCGGUUUUUAACUCGAAUCCAAAACUUAAGAAAUCUGAAAAUCAAAGACGAAACCACAAGCGAUCUUUUGUCUACAUAUCAGAAUCUUGUAUCAUAUAUCCCAACUACAGAUAGUAAUUUUAAUAAAUUAAAAUAA